UUUUUAAUAUUACCUGGACACCAUUGUCAGCCAGACUCAAAUCUGCUUUUACUUAUAGAAUGGGUAAACUUUCGCUCCUUGUCUCUAUGCUGAUGGUUUCCUGCUGGGCGAUGGAAAUCCAUGUCGAUGAUGUUGACACUGCUUGGCAGAAAUAUCUAGCUGAAUUCCCAAUCGAAAUCCAAACAAAAUCCGAAUUCUGGUUUCGCAAAUCCAUUUUUAGCGAAACGCAUAACAACAUUGCGAAGCACAAUGCUAAUAAAGACGCCACCUUCCAAAUGGGUCACAAUCAGUUCUCCGUCAUGACUGAAGAAGAGAAACAUGAGUUUUUCGGUGCCUUAUUACCUGUCCCACCUGUCAAUAUCAGUUUGGACGCGUCUUCGCGGGUAAUCGCCACCUCUGUGGAUUACCGUACUCAUGCUUGCAUGUCUCCUGUACGGUAUCAAGGUAAUUGUGGAAGUUGCUGGGCGUUUUCAGCUACCGCAGUUGUUGAAUUUCAAAAAUGCAUGAAAAACAAUUUAAUUCGUGUCGAUCUCAGCGAACAGCAGCUGGUGGAUUGCAGCCGUGCCAAUGGUUGUUCAGGUGGAUGGGAAGACGAGGCUUGGCAAUAUUUGUCUACUGUUGGUGGUCAGAUUAUUGAGUCUACAUACCCUUACACGGCGAAGGUCGCAACCUGUAAGUUCCAAAGUACGAGUUCUCCUGGAGCACAAAUAUCCACCACGUUUGUGCAAUGGAUCCCAACGAGAGACACGAUCGCCAUGAUGACUGUCCUUACAGAAGGUCGAAUAAUUUCCACCUACAUGCAAUUGCCAAAUAGCUUCAUGAGUUACCAGAGUGGCGUUUUCAGUGAUACUACCUGCGUGCCGAACAACGCUCACGCCAUGAAUAUCGUCGGAUAUGGAUCUCUAAACAGCGUACCUUACUGGGUGGUUCGCAAUUCGUGGGGUCCAACAUGGGGAGCCUCUGGUUACGUUCUUGUCAAGCGAAGUGUUGACUUGUGCAUGAUUGAAACGUAUCCUCGUACUACUAACGUACUCUAAAACGAUAGUGCUAAAAAAUGUUCCUUUGUUUGCGGGUUUUUAAAUAUUUGCUUUUGCUCAUGCAAUUCAGCCAAUAAAUAUUUUCUUUUUCUGUAA